AUGUGGGGGUUGGUACUGGUCCGCGUUCAGAAGCGGCACACGUCCAUCCACCGCGUGCGCCAGGGCGAGCAGCUGUCCUUCGCCCUCAUCACCCCCAAGAGGCACAGCUUGACGGGCGGGAUCAUCGCUCGGCUGCUGGCCACGCCCGAGCUGCAGUUCGUGGGCGCGCGCAUGCUGCGUCCCUCCGCCAAGCUCACCGACGAGUUCUUCCUCGAGAUGCAACGCGCCGCCCACGAAGACGGCGUGAUCGAUCCCUACGAGGACACUUUUCUCAAGGCGUACCCCACGAUCUUUGGUGAAGAGGAGCUGAAGGAGAGCGGGGUGGCCAACCACACGAUGCUGCUCCUUUUUGCCGGCGGCGCCCAGACCCGCCAGGUCCUCGCCGACGUCGUGGGCGCCAACGUGCCCAACCCCAACGACUUUGGCAAGACCAUCCGUGGCACCUACGGCGACUACUUCAAGGACCGGACGGGCAAGAUCAAUCUCUUCCAGCCGGCCGUCGUGGUGCCGCCGAGCGAUGAGUCGAACCGGCGCUGCCUGGAGGUGCUGGCCAAGUACCUGGACUCGGACCACGCCCUCCGCACCAUCAAUGCCGAGGAGAGGAACCAGCCCCUCGGAUGGGCAAAGCAGACGGGCCUGGUGAUGAUCAAGCCCGACAACCUGGAGCGGCCCUCAUCUCUGCCCGGGCACAUCAUCGACCUGUUCGGCACCACCGGCCUGCAGCUCAUCGGCGCGCGCGUCUUCUGUAUGAGGGGAAUGGAGUUCUACGGGUUUCUGGAGAACGUGUUCGUGAAGAAGCUCAAGCCCAACCUGGAGGAGGCCAUGAAGCAGCGGCUGGCGUCGGCGUUCGAGUACGAGGUGACAGACCAGGACUACGCCAAGAUGGCCGACGUUGUCAUCAACCGACACGCACGCUGCGAGGUCGCCAAAAUCAUCCACUACAUGACCGGAGUGCACCCGGACGACGCCAAGACGGACGAGCUGUUCCGAAAGCCCGGUCCGGCCAAGUGCUUCGCUCUCCUCUACCGCGGCGACAACGCCAUCGAGAUCAUCCGCUCCAAGCUGGGAGUCACCGACCCGAAGAAGGCGCGAGCGGGCACGAUCCGCAGCGACUACGGACACGACCUCAUGCGGAACGGGGCGCACGCGUCGGACAGCCCGGAGGGGGCGCUGCGGGAGCGUCGGAUCGUGGGCCUCAUGGGCGACGAGCCCUCCGAGGAGAAGGCCGUCAUCCUCGAGUGGCUCCACGCCUCCUCGGCUCCGCUUUCCCGCCAGUGA